UGCUGCUGUCCCCGUGUCCGUGUGUUUGAGGGAUGCUCCCUCCCCGCCCCGUCUCUCCCACAUCCCUGCUCCCCACUGACGUGUUUGUCUCGUUCCCAGGUCGCAGGGAGGGGGAAGGUGGAGGACGUGUCGGCAGACGAGAUGCAGCCCACGGGGGCGCGGCGGGAGCCUGGUGAUGCCUGGCUGGAGCAGCCGCAGGCCCGUGGUGCCGACAGGCCGCUGGAGGAGGCAGGGCAGAGGGGAACCCUCGGGCCUCGGGACCAGCCACCCCAUGUCCCCAAAGAGGAGCCCCCGCCCCGCCAGGCGUCAGAUUCCCCCAAAACAGAGGAGACCUGGGAGAUGUCAGCAGACGAAAGCUCCUCAGGCUGGUGCCCCAGACGAGGCCCUUCCCCAGGUGCAGGUGCUGGGACCCUGAGCAGAGCUGAGCAGAAGCCUCCUGGAGAAGAGCCUGUAAACCUGGAGCUGCACAGGACUUCCCCAGGGAGACUGGAGGACAGGGGCUCCCCGACACGUGAGCUGGGCCAACUGCAGAAGGGGCAGGGCAGGCCUCCAAGGCAAGAGCUCCGGGAGGUGUUUGAGGACGUGGCCGUGUACUUCACACACAAGGAGUGGGAGCUGCUGGAAGAGGAGGAGAAGGUGCUUUACCGGGACCAGAUGCUGAAGAAUUACGACGCCCUCAUUUCCCUGGGUAAAGUGCUGGUUCUUGCUUCUCUCUGGAGUACUUUAAAGAAGGCUUACUGAGGUGCAGGAACAAACCAUCCUGAUGUGCAGGAAGACUAGCGAAUCUGGCAGAAGAGCAGCUUGUCUUAGU